AUGGCAGAAAACAAAAAUGGGAUGGAAAUUCUGAAAAAGACAGAAACUUCAGACCACUCAAAAUCCAAUACUCAUGCAGGUACCGGUACCACAGCUACAGCUACAGCUACAGCUACUGCUACAGGUACUAGGGCUGUGAGAAGAAGAGUCAAGACUCGCAGGUCUUCACCAGUGGAAGGACUCAAUCUGGACAAUGAUGAAAUUACCAAAAUUGUGGAAGCCCGACAGCUCUUAAGAAGAAACUCAGAACACCCUUCCACUGACAAUGACAAUGCCCAAGAAGAACAAUGUUCUCAAAACAAUCCAAAACAGGCAUCUUCCACUGCAGGCACAUGUGAGCAUGAGCAUGUCCCUGGGGCCUAUGCAGGAGCCCCUGGUACAAGUCCACAAAGGAACCUACGACCACGAUUCUCUCUUCUGGGCGUUACUUCAUCUCCAGAUGUCACUCAAAUAAGACAAGAAAUCAUGGCAGGGGAGGACGAGCAGCGAACACUCAAGCAGGGUCAACCUGUUGGCAACCACAACGGUGCGCUCAGUACUGAGCAGCAACAAGACCCUACAAAUACAGCUUGCCUGCAGCCUGUCCCCAGAGGCAAUACUACAGAUACAACACCCAACGCCGACCGUCCAACCAACAAUGAAAAUCCAGAAGGACUAUCAGUGGCAGAAAUGGUACCAGAGGAUGAGGAGGAAGCAAUGCGCCAUCAGUUGCCACGGGCUGCACAUUUUGACAUGGACGAAUCCACGCAACGAAGACUACAAGCAAGGAAACAAUUCCGAAACAGAAUUAUUCUGGGAGGCACUUUGUUCCUGGCAUUAUUACUCAUGAUCAUUUUGAUGGCAAUUCUCAUUCCUAGCAGCAAGGAUAGUACUGCUACCAACACAGAACCAUCAACGGCUCCCGCUCCUACUGGCAUGCCUUCACAAAUGCCCACUGCCUUCGACAUCUACAUCAUGUCUUUCUUGCCAGAGCACUCCAUCCUAUCUAUCCAGCAAAACCGCGAGUCGCCUCAGUCCAAAGCAUGGCAGUGGCUCAUAGAACAAGACAGAGACUCUCUACAAUUAUUAUCCAUUGACAGAAUCAUGCAAAAGUUUGCCCUUGCCACAUUGUACUUUGCCACUGCUGGGGAAUCAUGGACCCAUAAUGACAACUGGCUUAACCACAGUAUCCAUGAAUGCGAAUGGUACACAAAACAAGAAUUUGGCAUGACAUCAUUUUUUAGCGGUUUGUACCCUGGUGUCUUCCAGGAGGUCCAACAACCGGAUGCCCUUUGUGAUGAAGAUGGACUGUACCAACACUUGUGGUUGGAUCAAAAUAAUCUUGUGGGGUCGCUGCCAGAUGAGCUGUUUCUACUGACAUCGCUCUCAUCUCUGUCCGCAAGUUUCAACAAGGAACUGCAGGGCCCAAUUCCCAGUCAAAUUGGACAGUUGACCCAACUGGAGGGAUUGGGGAUUAGUUUCAUCAGCCGUGGCGGAUCCAUACCAUCUGAAAUUGGUGGCUUGACGAAACUGAAUUCGUUGGCACUAUUUGCCAAUGACCAUGAUGGGACCAUGCCAACCGAAUUGUGGCAGCUAUCCAAUCUGCAGACUUUUUCUCUUAUCCGCAAUCAGAAUUUGAAAGGCACGAUCUCAACAGAGAUUGGAAAUUUUCAAUUUCUCCAUCACUUCAACUUGGGUGAAUGUGACAUGUCUGGAACGAUCCCUUCUGAAAUAGGCCAAGCAACAGCCCUAGAAUGGAUUACGUUGCACGCAAACAGACUCUCUGGAAACGUUUCUAGUGAAUUGGGACGGCUCGCCAGGCUGCAGAUACUGGGAUUGUUUGAGAAUGCUCUGGAGGGUGCAUUGCCCACCGAGUUGGGACUUUUGACAUCAUCACUGGUGAUGUCGUUUCGUUACAAUCAGCUCACUGACCAUGUUCCCAGUGAACUUGGUCUCCUUUCCAAUCUCACAGUUUCCCUGGUUCUUGCCAACAACAGCCUCUCGGGGCAGAUUCCAUCGGAGCUUGGCCUCCUCUCAAAUUUGGGUGAGAUUUCACUGGAAAACAACCAUUUCUCUGGUCCAGUUUCAGAUCAGCUUGGGCAGCUCUUGCUACAAUCAGAAGAAGGACCGCCAGCUCUCCAUACAUUGAACAUCAAAGGAAACCCUUUCCUAACUGGCACUGUUCCAUCGGAUCUCUGCAACAUUAGUGGAACCUGCAAGCCAAACAACUUGGACCCAUGUGAGGAGCCCCAUGGUUUGUUGUUUGACUGUUCCAGUGCUUUGUGCGGAUGUGAUUGCUUGUGUGAGUAG